AUGGCAACGGGGGGAGGGACGGCCUUGGCGGCGGGGCUCUCGCGUAAGCUCCGGAAGGUGCUGAACGAGACGCGGACGGACAGCCCCGAGCUUCUGGCCUCCCUGGAGGCGCUGUCGUCGUUCUACGGGGAGAACACGCCAGCUGCCCGGCGGGGUCUCAAGUCCACGAUAGAGCACCGCGCCCUCGCACUCAACCACGAAUUCCUCCUUGCCUCUCUCCCCGCCCAGGAGGUAUGCCUUCCUCCUCCAUUCUCUCUGUCCUUCGCUCGUGUCCCUGCAUUCCUCGUGGUGUCUUAUUCUCUCUCGCAAUUCGUAUCUCAAAGCCUAUGAUUCUGACGCAUUUGCGUGCCUUUCGUGUAGGCUCUCGACAGGGUGGGAGAUGAGGUUAAUGCACUUGCUGAGUGCUGCGAUCAGUAAGUCUUCCGUUUGGUUGAAUCUAACCCGACCAGCGAAUUGCCUUUUUUUUCAAUAAACCCCAUUUUAUUUUCGGGAAGUGAAACAUAUUUUACACAUAUUUAUAGCCUGGUACCUCUGGAUACCCCUCAUGUGACGAUAUAUCUAUAAAGAUGAGAAAGAACGACAGUAAUAACGGAAAUCUGCGGAGCAUGAGCAACGGUACCUGGUGGAAUCUGGAGACACAAAAUGGGUCGGUAGUAGUCUCAAACUCGGUCGUUCUGAUGCUCUAUAGUAAUUCUUCAAACACCACAUAGAGCUAUUUAAUGAACAAAGGAAUUGGGUCAAAAAAGUAGUCUCACAGAACCUAGAAGGUUUCAGUAGAUGCUUUAAGUUGCCUGGAAGAACAUUAUGAGGUCAUAUGAAUAUUAAAAUCGGAUCAAACAGAUAAGUGAGAAACUCCCAUUGACUAAAUUCUUAUCCGAGUCUUACUGCAAUGCACCAGUAGCUGCUUGGUCACAUCUCUGCGGUUGAUCCAUCAAGGCCUUUUGGGUGUCAUUUUUUUUAAUUCCCCAUACUCCUUGUUGAGAAAACUGUCUGUUCGUUUACAUUUUUUCGACAUAAAUUGAUGCUUGAAAUCAUGGCUGACACACGUAUUAAACAAGAAACUAUAUGGGAAGGAUGAACGUUGGCUGCUUGAUUUAAUUUAUAGUAGAUGCUGACAUAGGAUCCCUAAGAUAUCUCUGUGGAUUACCUCAGAUGUGGACAUUCUAGUAUCAGAUAAACUUCAGCUCUCUGUGAGGUGUUUCUUAGAUAAAUGUAAGAGUUGAUAGAUAAGCCUUGAGUCAUGUUGGUGGAAUUCAUGAAAUGCUUUGUACUCAUUUGAAUGUGCAGUAUUUCAUUUCUAUGGAAAUUUUGUUUUAAUCAUGUUGCUGUUUUGGUUGAAACAUUGUUUGGAACUAUUUUUCUCUCGGAAAGGGUUUAUCCCAAAAGAACAUUUGCUUAUGUUGGUGUAUGUGCACUUACCUUUUGAUGAUAUCAUUCUUUCAAUGGUAAAUGAGGCACUUUAAUGCUGCAUCACGAAAGAGUGCCACACUAUCUGAUUGUUUCCUACUUUCAUAUCCUUUUUAUUCAUCUCUCGCUUUCUUUGUUUCUUUGUGGAAGAUAAAAGUUACUGGGGCUCCUCUGACCUGAGCUUUUGGAACCAUAUAGGAUCGCUAGGGCAUUAAACAGCUGUAGUGAAAGUACAGGAGAUAUCAUCAAUACCACAGAGAGGCUAAAGCAGGAACUUGAUAUUACCAUUCAAAGACAAGAGAUUGCCUCAUGCUUUCUUCGGGAUUAUCAACUUUCCAACGAGGAGGUAUUAACGAACCUUUAUGACUGCACAUUAUCUUGAGUCUUUGGGUUUUUUUUCUUCUGCCAAGUCUGUAGCUGUAGUAAUGUAAAUGCAGAUAAGUGCAUUAAGGGAUGAAGAGCUCAACGAAAAUUUCUUCAAGGCGCUCGCUCAUGUUCAAGAAAUUCAUGCCAACUGUAAAAUACUACUUCGAACACAUCACCAGGUAGCCUUUUUUCCCUGUGAGAUAAUUGAAAUUGCCUUUAGUUUCUCCCUUCUAUACUUCCUCGGUAAACUUUUUGGGUUUAAAGUUGAUGCUAACUUAUAGUUUGGGUGACAGCUGUAACUAAAAAUUUAGGCGUUUUUCAUCAAUCCAUACACACUUUGUUCUACGAUUCUGAAAAAUGUGAAGAUUUUCAUCUCAAAUUCGUUAAAGGUGUUUUGAAUAUGGAUAUAGAUAAAUGUGCUAUUUUGCUAACAUUAUGAGAAAGCAUUGCAGACAACUCAUUGUAGCCGAAAAACGAUAGAAUUAACUAGAUAAUUUCCAAAUUGGGAAGAACGAGUAGCAAUGGGAGGAGGGCCAUCUUGUAAUAAAUAUCGUCAUGAUUCUCCCAAAAUUACUGUUCCAUGUACGUCCACAGGGAGCUAUGCUCUACGGUCUCUUUGCUGAAUAGUAUGUUAGUGGUGGCAGGCUACGCUGCUCGCCCAUCACCUCCUCCAUGAUAUCAGUUCUCCUGACUAAUUUUCAUGCUACGGAAAUUUCGUGCCCACUAGAAGGAAAUUAAAACGUUUUUCUUUCCAACUAUUAGAUUGUCUCUGGUUCAUUUGUUACUGUUGUAUCAGGUGUCAGAGUAAAAGCUGGCUCUUGUACAUUGCAUUCUUGGUAGUUUCUCAGCUGAUUCCGAUUGACGGAGUAAUGUUCUUGUGAAUAGUAUAUUCAGCUGACAUUGACGUAGAUACUGCCUACGAUCCUGCGCUCAACUAAGUAUUUGUUCAGUUUUGUAAAAUGCUAUACAUCAGGUCGGCUUAUAUGAAGAAAAAUAACAGCGUGCAGGUUUGGAGCUCAUGGAUAUGAUGGCUGUAUACCAGGAAGGAGCAUAUGAGCGUCUAUGCAGGUGACACAAGUUUCACCAGCAACCAAUAUUUGGAGUAUUUAUAAAUAAGCUUUGUAAUUAAUCAGAGAAGGUUGAUGAUGUGAACAGUAAUUUAAUUUUCAGAUCCUGCUCUCUUGUUCUCCCUUGGGCAGUGAUCAACAAUUUGGGUUCGCACUUUCGUGAUCAAAAUGACGGAAAAAUAAAUGUUGCAGAAGUAUAUCUCGAUUCGUCAAAGUUGCUAAGCCUCUUAAUUGUUGGUUGGGCAUAACGUUGUUGGCACAUUUUAUUUCCAAAAGCAGAGCAUCUAGAUUGUACAAUCAAGUUGUUUGCAUGUUUUCUGGCUUGCCAAUAUUUGUCUUAACAUCAAAGAUGAUGGUUCCUGAUCUGGGUCCUGACUGCAGUUUUAUGGUCCCCAUAACAUAAAAUCGAAAACUUACUUUUUUAUCAAGGUUACUGAACCGUUUUUUUUAGCAUUAUCUGUUGACGUUGAAGUUUAUUAGAGAAUCAUGUGUUAUGCAUUGUCAUUGUGACUGUAAAAUUUUGCAAAUAAGUGUGGUAAGGAGAAAUGCCAGAGUUUAUUUGUUGUCAAAAUAAACUCAAGGGGAGAAAAAUAUGAGCGUAUGAUUGCCUGCCCAAAUUUGGAACUCAAGGGCUAUUCUUCUAAGCAUUAUGCUGGUAGAACCGGCCUGAAAUGUAGGUCCGCUAACAUAAAGCGAGGAGUUGAGCCUGAACUCAAGGACUAUUCUUCUUUAAACAUUUUCUUGGGUCAUGCAGACUCUUCAUGGAUAUUUCCUUUCGAUUUGGAUAAGGAUGAAGAAAAUGGGCAAAUUUGGUGCGAUUGCGAGAUUAUGUACUUAAUUUCUCUGCAUGAGAGUACUUUUCCGCUGUUAUGGAAUAGGGAGGUGUUGCACAAGCAAUGACUCUUAGUAACAACUGAUAUAGCAUUGCUUGUGCUCCAGUGUUCACACUGAUAUAACAUUCUGAGUCAUUCUGAGUAGCUGCGAACUAUGUGAACUGAUAUACAAUAAUUUGCAAUGCCUAACAUUCUGAAUGUAUGCACAAGUGCGUUAUUGUAUUUUCGUUUCAUUUAUACCCCAAGUGACCGUCAUACUACUAUCUGUUAAUUGUUUCAGAUGGGUUCAAGCUGAGUGUAAAAAAUUAGGCGAUACUGACAACCCUGAGGUCAGUGAGCUUUUGAAGACAGCUGUUCGGUGCCUCAAAGAAAGACCUGUUCUGUUCAAGUAUUGUGCCGAAGAGGUCUGAAUUGGGAAAUAAUAGAAGUGUGGAUGUUUAAAUUCCUAUUUAUGUCCCCUUAUUCAUCUUUCAUGUUAAUGAUAUUACAAGGUCUUUUACUUACAUUCAGGUAGCAAACAUGAGACAUCAUGCAUUGUUUAGAAGAUUCAUCAGUGCUCUUACCCGUGGAGGACCUGGAGGAAUGCCAAGACCAAUUGAAGUGCAUGCCCAUGAUCCUUUACGUUAUGUAGGGGAUAUGUUGGGUUGGUUGCACCAGGUCUGAGUUCUUAAUUACCCACUCGUAUCAAAUUUGUUCAUCUAUAGAAACUGAUUCAUGGAUAUUUUGCUUUGUGGGUAGGCUUUGGCAUCUGAAAGAGAACUUGUUCACGUAUUACUCGAUCCAGAUGCCGUAACAGAUACUGGAGUAGCUGCUCGUCAUUUCUCCAAGAAAACUGAAAGUGACUCAACAAAAUUUGAACCAGAUACAACAGCUGUUCUGGAUAGAAUAUUUGAAGGAGCAUCUCGACCAUUUAAGGUCAGAGUUGAUCAAGUUUUACAAUCCCAACCAACUCUUAUAAUCGCAUACAAGUUGAGUAAUACAUUGGAAUUCUACAGCUACACCGUAAGUGCGCAGUCCAUGUCUUGUCUUUCCUUCAAUCAUAGACAGGCAGUUUUCCUUCAACUCACAUGAUACUUAUGCCUCCAUAGAUUGCAGAUUUCCUGGGUAAGGAAGCAUCUCUCUGUAACACACUUGGACUGUUGAAAGAUGCUGCUCAGAAAACCUUUUUCAACAUUCUUAAGGCCAGGGGAGAUAAGCUCCUGAGGUAUCCCCCCAGGAUUGCGGCUGAUUUAUCUCCACCUCCGGCCAUAAUGGAAGGAGUUUCUUUGUUGCUUGAAAUAAUUGAUACAUACAGCAGUAUGAUGUUUCCUGCUUCAGCAAAGAAACCUGAGUUUGAUCCAGUAAUGGCUUCUCUAUUAGAUCCCAUUGUUGAGGUAUGUACAUGGCAUUGAAUUUUAAUCAAGUUUUUGUUUUUGGACCGUUCAAUCUUUUUGUCAUUGGAGAUGACUAAGGACAUUUACCUUUGUAUUGAAUAACAAAUAGUCCUUGAACCAUUAAAGCACUUAGGACCAUGAAAAUUCGACUUUGACUUCUCAAUUUGAACCAUUGUGCUGAUUCCUAUAGAAAUGCCCAUAUUUUGCAAAGAGGCAGGAGUUUGUCCUUUCGUAAGGGCUUUUUCGAGUUGACUAUGGCAAAAACUUUAUCGGUGUUCAGGAUGACUGAACAUCAUCAGCCCACUAAUAUCUUAUUUUAACUCCUUUUUGUUGCAUCUGAAUCUUUCAAAUCCGAUACACCAUCUAAUCCUAUAUGAAAAAGGGCUGCAGUUCCUACAUUACUAACUGCUCUUGUUUGACUUAUUUUUUAUUUUAUACUUCGUUUGCAGAUGUGUGAGAAAGCAGCCGAGGCUCACAGGUCUAAGGGAGCUGUCAAUUUUUCAAAGAGGAAUUCUGGUAUUAAUCAGAGUAGUAGAGAUACUUCACCUGUUGAUGCUUUGUUAACCAAGAGUAGUUCCAUCCUAUCUCAGGUUUGUUCCUAUUUGCUUGUGGCCUCUUUUUUCCAUCCAAUACUUUCUCCCUUUCUGGUUCAUGCUUUAAAGUUUAUGCCUCACAUCGAUUUCUUCGGUAAUCCAAAGUAGAUGAAUAGUGAUUUGAAGUACAAUCUUAGAUUGAAGAUAUUAAAAAGGGAUGGGGUUGUAACAUGAAAUCCCAUGACCAAUAAUAGAUCACGUGUCUUAUUUUAAUACAGAAGAUAGUCUUCGCUGGAGAAGUCUGAUUCUCCAUGUUUUACAUUUUAGCAACUCCACUGAUUUUUCUCCCUGAAGCUCAUCCAGACACUGAAUGAUGAUGAACACUUGAGUACACAUUUAGGCUGAUUAUAUUUCAACUGUGGCCUAGCAAGAGCUUUAUGUGUUAUAAUCAUGAGAACGAACCUAAUUUAAUGAAGGAUAAUGCAGAAGACCUGUUUAGUCAGUUCUAUCCCUAUGUUUGGGUGUUCCAAAUGCAGGACACAAUUUUUUUGUAAUUUGAUAUUUUAGGCUUUUAAAUCGACCACCAUGUUAUAUUUUCUUUUCCGGGCCUACGUAAAUUAUUGUCCCUUAGCUAAAUUUAUGUUUUUAUUCCAAUCACCCUCAAACAACUUGCUAACCUUAGCCUUCAAUUAUCGCUCAUGUACAGGAUAUACGUAUGAAAUGUUAAGAAGUCGGAGGUCAUCGAUAGGAUGUCUGUCUUUUCUUUGCAAAAGCGGAUUAGACGAAUGAAGUUAUAAAUUUUUAACGGAUUAGAUCAGGGAAAUUGACGGAUACACUUCUUGACCAACCUUAUAUAAGGCAAAUGUGCAAUUGCAUGAGACUGGAACCUAUAUUUAGAUUUCUAAUUUGGUCACCAUUUCAUUCGCGAGAGGGAAGAAAAAAAAUUAAGUAUUCCUUUGUAUUUGAAGAAAGAUUGACUCUGUGACUGGCAUGGCGAACCUAAGCAGCGGUGAAAAAGAUAUCAUACAGAGAACUUACUCUGUAAUUAUUUCUCUUGCUUUUUGUAUUUUCCCUCUCCCUCAUGCUAGUCUCCUCGCUAUCUCUUUUUAGUGGCUGAUUGUUUACCUUAUAUGUCCUCUGGUUUCAAGGUUGAACUAUCUGCUUUUUCUUUUUUUUCUCACUUUGUCAGUCUUCUUUGAUUGCAGAGCAAUGACACUCCUUGCAAGAUCUUCCUCAUCAAUUGCUUGUCUGCCAUUCAACAACCAUUGGUCGGGCACGAUGUGGCGACGAACUACAUGAACAACCUGGGGUCUAUGAUCGAGACGAAUGUCAAUGCUCUGGUGGACAGUGAGGUCAGUGCUAUCCUCAGUAGGUGCGGUCUGCAGAGCAAGAUGCCUUUUAUUGAAAAGUCGGUUAAUAAGGAAACUCGUGAAGACAUUGGAGCGCUGGCAGAGAUACACGAGAUGUCGCCGCCGUUGCUGUUCGAGUGCUUAAGAAGUUUCUUUGGAAUCGUUAUGGGGACGGAGGGCUCCCUCCCUGAGUUCGAGCUGAUUCAGGUUCCCAGAUUGCGUUCCCAUGCUUAUGUCCUCGUUGCAAGGGCCCUUGCAGACACCUACGAGCUUGUUUACCAGGCAGUCACCGACCCUAAAAAUCAGUAUCCAGAUCCAAAGUCCUUGGCACGCCACACCCCCAAUCAGGUGAGGACCAUCCUGGAGAUAUAA